AUGACCAGCUGUGAGAACUUUACAGCUCCGGGAGUGGCCCCGGAAGAACAAGCCCAUAACAAUCUGAUGAUGGUGAUAGCCACCUUAACGUGGCUGAUGCUCAGCUGUUUGACUCUCAUCAUUUACUGCUGCAAUUACUGGCAAAUUUUGUGACCGCACUCGCACACAACCCGAGAUGACGUCGAGCAGCAGCAAGGCAGUCUGCUAUCAGUGUAUGAUUAG